AUGGCCCAGGGGACCCCUCCUGUGAUGUUGACCCCGGCUGGGCUGGCGGCCCUAGGAUGCCUGCAGCAGGGUGGAGCCAGUGCCCCCCAGCAGGAAGGGGAUGGCGACAGCGGGCACCGGGCCAGUGGAGAUGUGGGGCCGGAUGUGUGGUGGGAAGAGGUGCAGGGAGACACGGGGACGCUCUCAGAUCUGGGUGGCAGAAGGAUGGGGGACCAUGGGGGCCAGGCCAUGGGGGAGGAGGAGCAGACAAGAGCCGGGGGACAGGCUGUCCCGGUGCGCCCCCGGCGGUACGGGUGCAGCGUGUGCGGCAAGGCCUUCUCGCAAAGCUCCACGCUGAUUGUGCAUCGGCGCUCGCACUCAGGCGAGCGCCCCUACACCUGUGAGGAGUGUGGCCGUGCCUUCGCCCAGAGCUCGGGCCUGGCCAAGCACCGGCGGGUGCACACAGGUGAGCGCCCCCACCCCUGCCCCGAGUGCGGCCGGCGCUUUGGCAAACGCUCCAACCUGGCAGUGCACCUGCGGGCCCACACCGGUGAGCGCCCCUUCCCCUGCCCCGCCUGCCCCAAGGCCUUCGCCCGGCGCGCCGACCUGGCUGUGCAUGGCCGCACCCACACCGGGGAGCGGCCCUACCGCUGCGCCGACUGCGGCAAGGGCUUCAGCACUGGCUCCAACCUGGCGCAGCACCGGCGCACGCACCAGCCUGAUCGGCCUUACCGCUGCGCCCAGUGUGGGAAGGGCUUUCCUGGCAGCUCGGAGCUGCUGCGCCACUGGCGCUCCCACACCGGGGAGCGGCCCUACCACUGCGGCAUCUGCGGCCUGGCCUUCGCCCACAGCACGGUGCACCGGCGCCACCAGCGGGCCCACCUGGAGGAGUCGCCCUACCGCUGCGGAGACUGCGGGCGCAGCUUUGCCCAGCGUUCUGACAUGGUGGUGCACGGCCGCACCCACACUGGCGAGCGGCCCUACCGCUGUCCCGACUGCCCCAAGGCCUUCGCCCAAAGCUCCCACCUGGCCACCCACCGGCGCAGCCACACCGGCGAGCGCCCGUACCGCUGCCCUGACUGCCCCAAGGCCUUUGCCCAGAGCUCGGCCCUCACCGUUCACCGGCGCACCCACACAGGCGAGCAGCCCUACGCCUGCGGCGAAUGCGGCCGACGCUUCCACCGCAGCUCCAAUCUUAUCCGUCACCAGCGCACCCAUACGGCCGAGCGCCCCUUUGCCUGCCCACAGUGCGGCCGACGCUUCCAUCGCCGCUCCAACAUGGUGGUGCACCAGCGCACCCACUCCCGGGCCAAGGGGCUCUGCCCGCCGGCUGCCAGGGACUCUGCCCGCUGGGGGGCCUUGGAGACAGAGAGCCCUAGCACUGUGCCCACAGCCACGGGGACUAUAUAG